UGAAGUGAGCGGUGAUGGCGGCCUGGUCGGAGUAGCUGCAGCAGGAAGAGGAUGUUCACUUCCAGCGCAGGGACAACAGCGCCUCAUUAGAAGUUUCCAUAACAGGUUCACCACCGGCUGCGGCUGUUUCUGCCUCCCCCGCGGGGCUUCCACGCUGCUCUCCCCACGUCCCCGGUCCUCCCCUGCCGGCCUCUGCCCACCUGACUCGGAGCUUCAGCCGGGGUAAAGAUGUCCCUCUUCCAGUCCGCUCUGGAUUUCCUCGCCGGGCCCGGCUCGUCCGGAGCCGCCAGCCGGGACCAGAACGACUUCGUGGGGCAGGUCGUCGAACUGGGCGACAUGAAGCUGAGGAUCAAGAGGGUGAUCGCGGAAGGUGGAUUUGCCUUCGUGUAUGAAGCCCAAGACGUGAACAGCGGGAAAGACUACGCCUUGAAGAGGCUACUGUCCAACGAGGAAGAGAAGAACAAGGAAAUCAUACAGGAAGUCUGCUUCAUGAAAAAGCUGUCCGGUCACCCCAACAUGGUCCAGUUCUGUUCGGCCGCCUCCAUCAGUAAGGAAGAGUCCGACACGGGCCAGGCCGAGUUCCUCAUCCUCACCGAGCUCUGCAAAGGCCAGCUGGUGGACUUCAUUAAGCGGGUGGAGCAGCGGGCGCCGCUGUCAUGCGACACGGUGCUGAAGAUCCUCUACCAGGCGUGCCGCGCCGUGCAGCACAUGCACAAGCAGAAGCCUCCCAUCAUUCACAGGGACCUCAAGAUUGAGAACCUGUUGAUUAGUAACCAGGGCACCAUCAAGCUGUGCGACUUUGGCAGCUCCACCACUGUGUCGCAUUACCCCGACUACAGCUGGUCUGCACAGAAGAGGUCCAUGGUGGAGGAUGAGAUCACAAGGAACACCACACCAGCGUACAGAACGCCGGAGAUGAUCGAUCUCUACUCCAACUUCCCCAUCAAUGAGAAACAAGACAUUUGGGCCCUGGGGUGCAUCUUGUACCUGCUGUGUUUUAAGCAGCAUCCGUUCGAGGAGGGGGCCAAGCUGCAGAUCGUCAAUGGGAAAUACUCCAUCCCUCAGAAUGACGUCAAGUACACUGUGUAUCACAACCUCAUACGCUCCAUGCUGAAGGUGAACCCAGAGGAGCGUCUGUCCAUCACUGAGUUGGUCAACCAGCUCCAGGAGAUCGCAGCAGCACGCAACGUCAACCCCAAGUCUCCCAUCACAGAGCUGCUGGAGCAGAACGGAGGCUUUGGAAACAGCCCUGUGCAGCCGCCCAUGCAGAUCCACAACAUCCACAACAAUGCAGCAGGUGUGUACGAUCCGGAUCAGACGGGGAGCGGCCUUUUGGACAUCUUAAGAGGGGGAACCGAGCGCUUCCUGACCAACAUAAAGGACACUUCCUCCAAGGUCAUCCAGUCCGUAGCAAACAACCCAAGCUAUGCCAAAGGAGACCUCGAUAUUUCAUACAUCACCUCCAGGAUAGCAGUUAUGCCAUUCCCAGCCGAGGGGGUGGAGUCGGCCAUGAACAAGAACAACAUCGAGGACGUGCGUCUGUUCCUGGACUCGCGCCACGCCGGCCACUACGCCGUCUACAACCUGUCCAAGCGAUCGUACCGACCGUCUCGAUUCCACAACAGGGUGUCUGAGUGUAACUGGCAGCCCCGCCGCGCUCCGAACCUGCGCAGCCUGUACAGCGUGUGUAAAAACAUGCACCAGUGGCUGAAACAGGACCAGAGGAACAUCUGCAUCGUCCACUGCACGGACGGCCGAGCAGCUUCGGCCGUGGCGGUUUGCUCCUUCCUGUGCUUCUGCCGUCUCUUCACCACGGCCGAGGCCGCCGUCUACAUGUUCUCCAUGAAACGCUUCCCGCCGGGCAUCGCACCCUCACACAAAAGGUACAUCGAGUACAUGUGCGACAUGAUGGCGGACGAGCCCAUCAUCCCUCACAGCAAGCCGGUGACCAUCCGCUCCAUCGUCAUGACGCCGGUGCCGCUCUUCAACAAGCAGCGCAACGGCUGCCGGCCGUUCUGCGAGGUGUACGUGGGGGACGAGCGGGUGCUGACCACCUCGCAGGAGUACGACAAGAUGAAGGAUUUUAAGAUUGAAGACGGGAGAGCAGAGAUUCCCCUGAAUGUGACGGUUCAGGGAGACGUGCUGGUCGUGAUCUAUCAUGCCAGAUCUACGCUGGGCGGACGUCUCCAGGCGAAGAUGGCGUCGAUGAAAAUGUUCCAGAUCCAGUUCCACACAGGCUUCAUCCCGAGAAACGCCACCACGGUCAAGUUCGCCAAAUAUGAUCUGGACGCCUGUGACAUCCAGGAGAAGUACCCCGACCUGUUCCAGGUCAACCUGGACAUUGAGGUUGAGCCCCGGGAUCGGCCCAGCGCCAAGAGCCCGCCGUGGGAGGGCUUCCAAACCAAGGGCCUCAACCCCAAAAUCCUCUUCUCCUCUCGGGACGAACAGCAGGAGAUUCUCAGCAAAUUUGGAAAGCCGGAGCUGCCCCGUCAGCCCGGCUCGUCUGCGUUCUACGACUCGGAGUCGCCUCAGCCAGCUCAGACUCCAGAAGGGUCCACAGCCACCGAGCCGGAGUCUCCCAUGAGCAACGACACCAACGCCAGCAACUUCUUCCAGACAUUGGAUUGGGAAGACGUUCGCAGCCCUCAGGAUCCCUCCGACAGCCAGGAAGGAGGCUCCGCCAACGACCUGGAGGACCUGAGUGACCAGUCCGAAGGAGAGUCCUGCUCCUAUUCUGCCCCCAGCGGGGAGCCGCUGUCCCGGGACACCAGCGAACCCUUGUUCGAUGCCGACUUCCAGACCUCCCCCCCUCCAGCCCAGGAGUCUCCCCUGGGAGGCACAGCCGACCUACUGGGGUUGAACUCUGACCCCGAACCUCCUUCCAUGUCCUCCACAUCGUCCGCUCCUCCUCAGGGGGAGCAGGGAGGACUGAAAGCUUCCUCCAGCAACAGCGACCUCCUCAACGAUCUCUUCUCGCCUCCUGCUGGUCAGUCGAGUGCAGUGCAGGAGGACCUGUUCUUCAGCGGCCCGACCAACGCCAGCACCCCAGAUACCAAACCCAUGAAUGAUUUCUUCGACCCGUUCGGGGUGGGUGGCUCGGGUUCUGGGGUGGGCUCCAGCGUGGCCUCGUCUCGACAGGCCUCGGGACCGGACCUGUUCGGGGACCUGCUGGGUUCGGACAGCUCAGCCACCAGCGGGUUCAGCUCGGCUCCCAGUAACCCCACCCCCGCCUCGAACAGCAGCCUCUUCAACCUCAAUAAGCUUGUGAACGACGCCCCAAAGAUGACGUCUUCAGCCAGCCAGCCCGACCUGCUGGGUGGGUGGGACAGCUGGGCGGCCGGGACCACGGCGGGCCUCGGCUCCGCCUCUGGAAAGCCCAACUAUACAAACACAGCCUCUGGCGGCUCGUCCAUGUCGAAGGCUAAGUCACAGACCUUCGAUCCUUUUGCUGAUCUUGGUAACCUGGGCUCCAAUUUACCAGGUUCCUCCAGCAGUCAGUUCUCUGGACCUUCCUACACCUCAAAGGGUUCCUCUUCCUCUGCCAAGCCUCAGACUCAGUCCUGGCAGUCAGGGAGACCCACCUCAGCCCAGAAUAAGUCCUGGAUGCCCGGAUCGGGUCCUGGAUCUGCUCCCAAGAUACCGUCGGCGUCUCAGAGCGCCGGUACUCAGCCCCCAAAACCCAACUACAACUUGAACUUCACCAGUGUCAUCGGGGGCCGGGAGGAGAGGGGGGUCCGCGGGCCAGGAUUCGGCCCAAGGCCCAAGGUGAAGGAGGACGACUUCGAGGAGCUGCUGUCCACUCAGGGCUUCUCAUCCCGGAUGGAUAAGAAGGGACCAAGGACCAUCGCCGAGAUGAGACGGCAGGAGCUCACCAAAGAGAUCGACCCUCUCAAACUGCAGAUUCUGGACUGGAUCGAGGGGAAGGAGCGGAACAUCCGGGCGCUGCUGUCCACUCUGCACACGGUGCUGUGGGAGGGCGAGACCCGCUGGAAGCCUGUCGGCAUGGCCGACCUGGUGACGCCCGACCAGGUGAAGAAAUACUACCGGAAGGCGGUGCUGGUGGUCCAUCCAGAUAAGGCGACGGGCCAACCUUAUGAACAUUACGCGAAGAUGAUCUUCAUGGAGCUGAACGACGCCUGGUCAGAGUUCGAGAACCAGGGAUCCAAAGCACUCUUCUGAACCCCCGGCCCGGAUCGGAUCCCAGCUCAGACCGGACCGGACUGCAUUUGGCCCAGGAAAUCGCGGGUCAGAGCGGGCCAGAUUGGACAGGACUGAGCCCACAUUGGGCCUGACAGACUCUGAGAGGUGUCCUCUCUUCAAUCCCCUCCCCGCCCUCCUUUUACUUUCUGUUUCUGUCCCUUCCAGUCGCCAACAACACAAAGCUCGGGCUGUAACCAAGUCUCUGCUUCAAUAAACAUGACGAUGGCUCUCAGACUCACUGCCUACCUGUACGACUGCCCGGGUCCGGAGGGAGGAGACGUGACAAUCCCGUCAAGAAGAAUGAAACUUUAAAACAGAAAAAAAGAUAAUCACCAAGUCCCUGAUCAAAAGACUCAAAUAUAAAGUAACUAAUGUUUUCAUUCCAUUUCAGAAUGGUGUAUGAGGAUAAAAAGUUCCCUGAUGAGAGUGACUUGUUGGCUUUGAUAUGCUGUAAUUGUGUUCCCAUACCUUAAGUUUCUCAAGCUGAAUGUUUGAAGCUCUCAGUUGCUUUAUAGCUGCUAAACAGUGGAGGGAAUACAAAGAACCUUUUCUUUGUAGGCGUUUGCAGCUUUUCUACAGUUACGAAGAGCAUAACAGGCUGCGUGACUCCAGAAACACGAACUCCUUUUAUUAGUGAAGAAACAAUGCAAUAACAACUAACGUCAUAAUUUUAGCCAUUUUAAAUGUAAUAAAACCAUGAAAUGGGAACAAACUAGAAAUGCACAACUGUGACUUGAGUAUGCUGCAUAAUGAAUACUCGGAAUAACUCACUGUUCCGUUAUGUUUAUCUAUUUUUCAUAAGUGAAUUACACAAAACUGAACUACAGUUCAUACACUUUGGAGGGAUUUUUUUUUUUUAACUUAUUAACCUUUUGGUUCAAAUAUUUGAUUACACUGUAUCAGGAGAGUUAUUACGUUCUUGGCUUUAUUACCUUUGAGAUGUCUCUAAAUUAUUACAUUAUCAGCUUGUUGGUCUUUGACAUUAUUGCCUGUGAAGCACAGUAGAGCGAUCAGCACAGACUGAAGCGAAAACGAGCUUCUUCCUUCGUCCUGAGCCAUGGGUGCUGAAAGUUUUUCACCUCAAAGCUUCUCCAGCGUGUUUUGGUAUGAGGAGACUUAUUGGAGCAUAUGAGGGCUGACAAGUCGACUCUUUCAGGGCUCUUGGAGCUUUUUCGGUGAGCGAGAGAUUGGAGGAAAACAGUCUUGGAGUGAAAUCCCAGAGUUGGCGUUGUGAGGUCGAUCUGUUGCUGCUUCAACUUUCUUUGGUUUGGACCCAGUUUCCUGCUGAACACUACAAGCUGCUGCUUCCCCUCACACUCCUCAGACUGACGUUCAGACUUUUCAAAGUGCUCUUUUUAAAACGCCACCUGCUCGACGUAGCCUCGCCGCAUGCUCUCCGAUCACAGGGGGGAGAGAGGGGAUUGAUUUCAAAGCAGGGUAGUCUGAUCUCAUUACUUUUUAUCAAAGUGCUUCUUUUCCUGGUAGCAGAAACGGAGACGGUGCUGCACUCUGCCUGCUUUUUUUUUUCCCCCCCCGUCUCUUCUUCUGCCUCUGAGAGCAUAAAAGUGAAGGAUGAUAAAGAGAAUAUGGUUGAAUCAAGUUUUAUCUUCUUCUGUGAAGCUGUUUUCCACCCCGGUGUGUAAAUAUGAAGCUACUAUCAUCCAACAGCUUUUAAUGGAAUAUGAGGAAAUCUUAAUACUUUUUCCCCCCUUUAAUUUAUAUUUUCUGCACUUGAUCUGCUUUUGUUUCUCUCUCGCUUCUUUUUUAAUUUCACAUUUUACCUCAUGGACCAAUCGAAUCACUCUUUUCUUAUUUAUUGUUUUUUUUUUUUUUUUUUUUUUUUGUUUAGUUUUUUGUGGGGGGAGGCGUGGGGCUCGGGGUUGACAUGUAUUCAUGCAUAUAAAUGGCACAAAUUGAGAUUUUUUUCCCCCCAUCAUGCAUAAGUGGAAUGUGCUGAGUGCAGUCGGAACACUUGUUCGAGCCUCUUUGUUGCUGUUUUCAUUCCAAAGCAUUGAAUAUUAAUACGAAUGUGCUUUUACAAAUAUAUAUCCUCUCUGUUAUGUGGCGUGUGUUUAUCGUUUGUCUUCUCAGUCCUUCCAUGUUGUUUUUUUCUUUCUCUUUAUCCUUUUUUUUUUUUUUUUUUUUUUUUUAUUUUUGUGUCUUAUUUGUGUUGAAAUUCCAACAUGAGGGGCCAGAAAACCUACAUAUGGAAAAAAAAAAAUUCAAAUCAGCUGAUGCUUGAUGUUCAGUUGAAACUUUCCAGUAUAACAAACCACACAUCGACAGUGUUUACUGUUCCAAAUUGCGUCAUACUAAUAUGAAUGUAGAUUUCAAUGCAAAAAUGAAUUAAAAAAAACCCAUUUUGAUCUGA